GCUAGUUGUCCACAUGCAGUCGUGACGGUCGUUCAUUCAAACCGAGACGUUUAUGGACCUGAAGACACGGAUCUACUUUAACACCGACUGAGAUAAAUACUCCGUCACUUUAUUAUUAUUAUUUUUAACGUUAAUGAUCUUCUUUCGAGGAGGAUACAUUUAAUAAUCAGCUGAAUUUUCCAUUAUCCCGCGCGCGCUUCUGUGUGUGUGCGCGCGCUCUAAUUAGCUUAACGGCUAGCGGACCAUUUCUUCACCGGACUGACAACUUAACGUGUGGAUGUACCCCUGCUCAUCUGCAGUUACAGUUGCACAAUGGCUGUCUGUUCACUCUUCAUGAUAGCUCAGCACCAAAGGAACAGCAACAGAUCUAGUUUAAUUACAGGAUAGCAAUAAGCCCACCCUUAGACCUCUGUUUACCUUAACUGUUUACUGGGCAUUCCCAAGUAAAACCAUUUCAAGUUUGCACUGCUAAAUCUCAGAAAUCCUGCUUGACAGGUGGGCCUAAAGAGAAGUUAAUUAUUUAUUUGACCGUGUACCUCUUUAUUUUACUAGCUGCUUUUUAGACAGGCAUUUAUUCCCUUUAAGAUUGUGAAGCAAUUCCUCCAUAGUUUGCAAUCAUGGUUUCCACAACUGCGACUGCAAUAAUAUUAGCCAGCACAACAGCGAUGGUGGCCCACACUGCGAAGACAGAGUACAUGUGGCUGCUGAUUAUUGGCUUCAUAAUCGCCUUCAUCUUAGCCUUUUCCGUUGGUGCCAAUGAUGUUGCCAACUCAUUUGGCACAGCCGUGGGCUCUGGGGUGGUCACCUUGCGACAGGCAUGUGUUCUGGCCACAAUCUUUGAGACUCUGGGCUCUGUGCUCCUUGGGGCCAAAGUCAGCGAAACCAUCCGCAAGGGUAUCAUUGACGUCGGCAUGUAUAAUGGCUCUGAGCAUGUGUUGAUGGCUGGAUCCAUCAGUGCCAUGUUUGGUUCUGCUGUGUGGCAGCUGGCCGCCUCCUUUCUUAAGCUCCCUAUAUCUGGAACACACUGCAUUGUUGGUGCUACUAUCGGCUUCUCGCUGGUUGCCAGAGGCCAGCAGGGAGUCAGGUGGUUUGAACUCCUCCGUAUUGUUGGUUCCUGGUUCCUGAGUCCCCUUCUGUCUGGUAUAAUGUCAGGCAUUGUUUUCUACUUAUUGCGCAUGUUCAUCUUACACAAGAAAGACCCUGUGCCUAAUGGAUUGAAGGCCCUUCCUUUAUUCUAUGCCAUAACCAUGGGAAUCAACCUGUUCUCCAUCAUGUUCACUGGCGCUCCGAUGCUGGGAUUUGAAAAUGUCCCUUGGUGGGUCCUCCUGCUCAUCUCGUUGGGCUUCGCUGUGCUGACUGCCCUCGUGGUCUGGUUUAUUGUUUGCCCACGCCUCAAGAAGAAGAUUGAACGAGAUAUGAAGUCUUCCAGCCCCUCUGAGAGCCCCCUGAUGGAGAAGAGGGAGCUGAGAGAAGUCCACUGUCCAAUCCUGAAACAGACUGCCAAGGAGACAUCUACACCUACCCCUCCAACUGUCAAUGAAAACCCCCCUGCACAGCCCCAGGCUGCCCCCGAGGAGCGCAGGGUGGCGUUUGACAUUGGAGAUUCUGACGAUGGAGACACUAAUAAGGAACGCAGAGUGGCAUUUGACAUCGGAGAUUCUGAUGACACAGACUACAACAAUGCAAAUGGUGUGCCUAAACAGGUUCAGUCAAACAAUCAAAACAGCAAUGGCUCCACAAAUACCUCCAAUCAGGUCCAGUUCAACAACCAUGUUCAGUUCAACAACCGGCCAGCACAGAUCCCCAGUAACGGUUACAGCCAGUACCACACUGUCCACAAGGACUCCGGCCUCUACAAAGACUUACUGCACAAGCUCCACCUAGCCAAGGUUGGUGACUGCAUGGGUGAGGCGGGUGACCGACCUAUCCGGCGCAACAACAGCUACACAUCCUACACUAUGGCCAUCAUCGGCCUGCACGGAGACUUCAAGCAUAGAGAAGGGGAGUAUCGAGCCAGCGAGGAUAGCGACAAGGCCCCUGUGUCAGGUGGUCAGGAAAGGAAGCGUGUGCGAAUGGACAGUUACACCAGCUACUGCAAUGCUGUGGCAGAGCACACGACUCCUGAAGGAUUGGGAGAGGGUGAAGUCACACUAGAACUUGAGAAGGAGGAUGCAGGUAGCAGCCAAAGCUCUCUGGAUGAUGAUGGGCCUGAGGCCGACAAGCCAGAAGUCUCAACUCUCUUCCAGUUCCUCCAAAUUCUAACUGCCUGCUUCGGAUCCUUCGCCCAUGGAGGAAACGAUGUGAGCAAUGCCAUUGGACCGUUGGUAGCUUUGUGGCUGGUUUACACAACCAACAGUGUGACUUCAAAUGAACCUACACCCAUUUGGCUGCUGCUGUAUGGAGGCGUGGGCAUCUGCGCUGGGCUCUGGGUGUGGGGUCGCCGAGUGAUCCAGACUAUGGGCAGAGACCUUACCCCCAUCACCCCCUCAAGUGGUUUCAGCAUUGAACUGGCCUCAGCCCUGACUGUCGUGGUUGCCUCUAACAUUGGUCUGCCUGUCUCCACCACCCACUGCAAGGUGGGCUCUGUGGUGGCAGUAGGAUGGUUGCGCUCCAGGAAGGCAGUAGAUUGGCGUCUAUUCAGAAACAUCUUCAUGGCAUGGUUUGUGACUGUGCCCAUCUCUGGUCUGAUCAGUGCCGCCAUCAUGGCCAUCUUCAUCUACGGCAUCCUGUGAGCCUUCAGCUGCACCCCAAGCAGGGGAGGAAAAAGAAACCGCUCCAGUGCGCACCAGAAGAGAAGGAAAGUUGGGAGGCCAAAAUAUAUCGCUUACCUCAAGCCAACCGAUUUGGGAGAAAAAGGAAGAAGGAAAAAAAAAAAGGAAAUGUUUGGAAGGACUUGUGAUAUGGGCCUGUGGUUCUUGGCUGCAUCAUUUUCAACCUAGAAUUUGCUGUUUAUUUUUUGCAUUACAUUUCUUUGUUCUGACUUGCUUUUUCAUAUCUCAUCUUUCUGUAAGGAGUAUCUAAAAGCAUCAACUGAAUUUUUUUUCUAAUCUUUCUUCCAUUUUUUACAUUACAAUUAUGUAUAUACCACCAUGCUGUUUUAAUUUUGUUUUACAAGUUAGAAAGAAAAGAACAAUUUAAAAUGCAGUAUUAGCCUUUUUCAAAUGUAACUCUCCAGUCAUAACACAUGCUGAAGGUAACAUAGCUGCAAAAGCAGUAUUUUUUAGGUGAAAAAAAAACAAGGUAUGUGUGUGUGUGAUUUUCCCCCAAUUCCAAGUUUUUAUUAAUGAACUAAUAGUUAGCAUCGGGCUUCUUAUAUCUCCAAAAUUGGGACUUUUGUUUCCCCCUGUCUAAUAUGGAACAAAAUUGAUCAUCAACUGAAGAAAAUUGACAUAUCUUAAGUUUACAAAUUACCUGACCACAUUCACAACCCUGCAGAAUAAUUUACAAAGGUAGAAGCACUAAUUGUAUACACUGGAUGACCACCUGCAGAAUAGUGUUAAAUACUGCACCAAAAGCAUUACAAGGCAGCACACACGCACGCACACACACACGUCCUCAUUGUUGAAGUCAACGGAUUAUCUGUCCCCUAUCCAGUUCUUUCAUCUGAAUCUCGUGAGGCUCUACAUUCUUAAAUCAGUGCAGAAUUAACUGCAUGAAAUAACUUGGUUACUUGAAUUUGAGAGAAUGUCAAUUAAUGCAAAAAUGACCUUACGUCUCCUGUUAAAACUUGAUUGCAUCAUCCAUGAUGGUUAAAUGCUUUAGUCCUGCUUCAGCCUUGUUUUCAUAGUUCACCUUGUAUCAGCUACUUCCCAGUGAUUUUUUUUUUUUUUUUUUCUUCUGUGGAAUUUGCACCUGCCCAGACAAUUGGGUUGCUUUUGUUUUCCACCCCUUUUCUCCCUCGGCCUGAAAAACUGAAUGAGGUUGUAAGUGAGGAGGAACAGGAACCUAAAACCUGGAAGUUAUCUAACUGGGUGGUUUGGUGUUAAGCUGAUCUGGUGUCUUUGUUGAAUGAGGACAGACAUACAGUAUAUUGUAUACCACUGGUGUGUGGUCACUUGGUUGCAGUACUAAAUGCAUUUCAGACCUGUAGAUGCUGUAGAUGCCUUAAUUGUUUUAUUUUCCCUUAGGUACCAAAGAAGAUUUUGUUGUUUUUUUUUUUUUUUUUUAAUGCACAUCAACAUAAUCCAGUCCAGUGGAUGAAAAACAAAUGAAAAAUAAAAAUGGGAAAAUA